AUCCCCUACGCCAUCAUGAAACUAGUUACAUUUGCUGUUAUACUUCUCGUCGGCAUAGCGGCAGCCAUCGACGGCGACAGUGUCCCAGAAGUUCCGGGUGAUUUACUGCAGGUAGCUGAUUCUGAGUCCCCGAAUGCUGCGGUAGAGGAGUCGUCGGACAACGUAGAGCCAGCUGCACCAGCAGACGAAGAACAACAAGCAGACGUUGCUGACCCUGCCCAGGAAGAACAACCUGCACAGGAAGAAGAACCUGUACAGGAAGAAGAACCAGCACAGGAAGAAGAAGGAGCACAAGUAGAAGAUCCGGCACAGGAAGAAGAAACGGCACCGGAAGAAGAAACGGCACCGGAAGAAAAACCUACACAGGAAGAACAGCCAGCACAAGAACAACCCGCAGGGGAAGAAGAUCCUACACGGGAAGAUGAACCUGGACGUGAAGAAGAACCAGCACAGGAACAACAUCCAGCGGAAGGCGAAGAGCCACGAGAUGAUGCGCCUGAACGAGAUCCUCCUUCUGACCCACAUCCAGGACCCAAACAUCCACAUGCUCACGGGGAUCAUUCUGAAUCUGAGGAAUCAGAAGAGUCCGACGAAAGUGAUGAAUCAGAUGAAGCGCUGGCAAUUGUGCAAGAACUAGAAGAACGCCAACAAGAACUGGACUACCUGAAACGUUAUUUAAUUGGACGUCUUCCUACUCCUAUUCAGCCUGCCCGCCAACAGGCGCGCAUAAUUCGUCCUUGGCGUUGGUCCCGGCGUCCCAGGGGCCUGCCCCGUCGCAUACUCUAAAUCUUGUUACCCCGUUGUGCGUUUUAUGGACUCCUUAAAGGAUGUAUUCCAUUCAAACCUGCUCACGAAUGUAAAUUGAUGCAAUAAAAUGCCCAUCUACUACCAUGCCGCAUAUUUGCUAAGAUGUUCCACCUUUCAGUACUUUUAAAUGCAUGUACAUCGUAAGAGGACAACAAAUAGAGAACCUUUUGCUUGCAAUAC